GCUCAGGGUGUUUGUAUCAGAGACUGGCUGUGGUCUAUGGUUUCGGUCGUGAGCACCACUACUCUUGCGCCGGGUCUAUGAUAUCGUGCGUUCCCUCCUGGCGACUGGCUCGCUGUGCACUUGUUUUAGUUUUUUGCGCUGUAUCCAGUUCUCUGUUCCCAGUCUAUUAAUCGAUUUUGGUAGGUGAUUGGUUCGUUCCUUUGCAUAGAUUCUAUAAAUAUCCCUCAGAACCGUUUUCAAAAUCCCACCUGUUGGCAGCGAGGCCGCACUCGGACAGCCACGCGUAUUUGUUGUUUCUACCUGAACGCGUGUAUCUCUCACUCCGAUAUUACUGCUUGCUAUCUGCUUCAAAACCACUACCCAAACGAACCAUGGCGACCGGUCCUUCCGCUAAGGCUCCUCUGGAGACCCCUCUGCUUCAAUCCUCGGCCCAAUCCAAAGCGGAGAAGGGGCCGACACUUAUCUUCGAUGGGGUCUGCAAUUUGUGCAACGGCGCCAUGCAUUGGUACUUUGACCGAUUACCCCCGGACAACGUGGAAAAGGUAAACUUCAUGUGGCUGCAGCACCCGGUUACGCAGGAGGUUCUGGACAAAUUUGAAAUCACCAACAUCCAGGAUUCGUGGGCCUACUUUGAGGACGGAGAGGUGAGCAGGGGGAGCACAGCAUGGCUAAAGGUACCUACUACGUCGUUCUGACGAACCUUUUCCUUUUGCGGUUGCGCAGAAUUUUUGCGCGGUCGUAUUUUGUUUACCAAAGCACAUAAGACAAUCCUGUCCUGCUUUUCGCACAUCGCAAUCAACCGCAACAUCUCAUUCCAAUGCCUCUGCAGGCGCUCCGCUUUCUGAAAGCGCCGUGGUGGAUACUUUCCUACCUUCUCAUCUUUCCGGAGUGCCUGCGCGAACCUUUCUACAAUCUGGUGGCGCGGAACCGUUAUCGACUAUUCGGGAAGGGUGACGUGUGCAAGCGACCAGCCGUGGCGCUGAAAAAGAGGUUUCUGCAUGACACGGUGCCGCCCGCUGCGGUAAAAAACGAAUAG